CUGUCACCGUCUGGUAUCCCCGAAGUGCCAAGGCACAAGACUGAUGCAGAGCUGCUCUUAGCAACCCAGCCAUGGCUGGAGACUCUAGGAUCUUCAUGAACCAGGACAUGGACAUCGGAGUUACGUCCAGAGAGCCUAAGAAGAUUCCCAAACAGGCUCGGGAUGAUGUCCCUAUUGCCACUGACCGAACCCGCCUCAUAUCAGCAGAAGGUAAGAAGCCACGUCAGCGUUACAUGGAGAAAAGUGGCAAGUGCAAUGUGCACCAUGGAAAUGUCCAAGAAACCUAUCGAUACCUUAGUGACCUCUUCACUACGCUGGUGGACCUCAAGUGGCGUUUUAAUCUUCUUGUCUUCACUAUGGUCUAUACCAUCACUUGGUUGUUUUUUGGGUUCAUAUGGUGGCUCAUUGCCUAUAUCCGGGGAGACCUGGACCAUCUUGAAGAUGAGAACUGGAUCCCCUGUGUUGAAAAUCUCAGUGGAUUUGUUUCUGCAUUUCUGUUUUCUAUCGAGACUGAGACAACAAUUGGGUAUGGCUAUAGGGUCAUAACGGAGAAGUGCCCAGAGGGCAUCGUACUGCUCCUGAUCCAGGCUAUUCUGGGCUCCAUUGUCAAUGCGUUCAUGGUGGGAUGCAUGUUUGUCAAGAUCAGCCAACCAAAGAAGAGGGCUGAAACCCUCAUGUUUUCUAACAACGCAGUGAUUUCCAUGAGGGAUGAGAAGCUCUGUCUCAUGUUCCGUGUUGGAGACCUCCGCAAUUCCCACAUUGUCGAGGCUUCCAUUAGAGCCAAACUGAUUAAGUCCAAACAGACCAAAGAAGGAGAGUUUAUCCCCUUGAACCAAACAGACAUCAACGUGGGAUUUGACACUGGAGAUGACAGAUUGUUCCUGGUGUCACCUCUUAUCAUCUCACAUGAAAUCAACGAGAAAAGCCCCUUCUGGGAGAUGUCACGCACCCAAUUGGAGAAGGAGGAGUUUGAAAUUGUGGUCAUCCUGGAAGGAAUGGUGGAAGCAACAGGGAUGACUUGCCAGGCUCGCAGCUCCUACAUGGACACCGAGGUGCUGUGGGGGCAUCGCUUCACUCCUGUCCUCACCCUGGAGAAGGAUUUUUACGAAGUUGACUAUAACAGCUUCCACAGCACUUAUGAGACCAACACUCCCGUGUGCUGUGCCAAAGAGCUGGCCGAGUCCCGCCGGGAAGGCCAGCUCCUCAGCCACCUCUCCAGUGCCACCCUUCUGAGCGGAGGCAGAGAAGCAGAGACAGCAAAAGGGGAAGAAGAAGAAGAGGAAGAAGGCAGGGAGCCAGCAGGAUUGAAUGGAGCCAAUGGGACAGCGGGAGAGGUGAAAGAAGAUAUGCCUGUAUAA